AUGUCCGUCCCCCUGCCGACCUUUGACGAGCUCAAGACCCACACCCCGCAGUACAACGCGUGGAACGACUACCCUAACGAGGAGCUGGGCCGCCUCAACCUCAUCACCCCCGACAGCAUCAAGCGCGGCCGUGACGCCAUCAAGCACGGUAUCGCCGUAAACCUCAACUUGCCGCUCUCGACGUUCCCGUCGCUUAACCCCGUCGUCCGGCCUAUGGUCGAGCAUGAGGUCGUGUACCGCGGACACUGCCUCGACGACCGCGUGAGCUUCAACACUCAGUGCUCGACGCAGUGGGACGGCUUCAACCACUUCCCGUACAAGAACUACCCCAAGGAGGGCGAGUACACCUACUACGGUGGGCAGACGACCGAGAUUGCGCGUGACAAGAGCAUCAAGAAGUACGGAAUCCAGAACUACGCCGAGCACCCAAUCACCGGCCGCGCCCACCUCCUCGACGUUCCCCGCCACCUCGCAGCCACCGGCCAGCCCGCCCUCACCCCCCUCCAGCGCUGCGGCAUCACCCUCGACAUGCUCAAGGACACCGCCAAGGCGCAGGGCUGUGAAUUCGCCCAAGGCGACAUCCUAAUUGUCCGCACGGGUCUCACUGAAGCAAUGCUGUCUCUCGGAGAACAGGAGUACAAGGACAUGUUGGCCGCCCAGAAGGGGUGGGUCGGCGUUGAGGCCAACGAGGACGUCUGGCGUUGGCACUGGGACUCGGGUUUCUCCGCCGUCGCAACAGACACUUUCGGAUACGAAGUCUACCCCUUCGUUCCGGGACAGCUUACUUGCCACGAAGUGUUUUUGGCCGGGUGGGGACUGCCUAUUGGCGAGUUGUUUGAUUUACGCAAGUUGGCCAAGAUCUGCGAGGAGAAGAAACAGUGGACCUUCUUCUUCUCCAGUAUGCCACUUAACCUCGAUGGAGGGAUUGCGUCGCCGCCCAACGCACAGGCCAUUCUUUAG